AUGGCUUCCGAAGCCCUUCUAUUCUACCGCCAACUGCACUCUCAUGGCCUCCGUGGCGCCCUCGCCUUCCUCCCUUCUCUCGUAAAAGCCUCCGCCUCCGCCCCCCACCACCUCCACUUCGCCCUCCAGCUUCACUGCGUCCUCCUCAAGACCGGCCUCGCCUCCGACCUCGUCACCACCAACUCCCUCAUCACCAUGUACUCCAAGCAAUCCCGUGUCUGUUGCGCCUGCAAGCUGUUCGACACGAUGCCGAUGAGAGACUCCGUCACUUGGCACGCGAUGGUGAGUUGCUACAUCGGCAACCAACGCUUCCUCGAGUCUAUGGACAUGUACCUCCGGAUGACCUCCGCCGGGUUCUCCCCCAAGCCCGAGCUUACUGCGUCUGUUGUAUCAGCGUGUGGCCGUGCAGGUAAAUUAAGCUUCGGGAAAGCCAUUCAUGCUCGCUGCGUCGUGACCAAAGAUGUUGACAUCUCUGUCCUCUUGGUUACUUCUUUCACUGACAUGUACUCGAGAUGUUCCGACUUAGUUUCUGCUCUGAAGGUGUUUGAUAGAAUGGCCGAAAGAAAUGUGGUAUGUUGGACGGCUAUGAUCUCAGGGUCUAGUUCAAAUGGAAGAUAUGACAUUUCAAUUGAACUGUUGCGGGGCAUGGUGAUGGAUGGAAUCAAGCCGAACAGAGCCACCAUUGUCUCCGUUUUGCCAGCUUGUGGUGCAUUGGGUUCUUUAGAUCAUGGGAAGGAACUUCAUGGAUAUGUGUUCCGCCAUGGCUUUGACUCCGAGCCGCAAGUAAUUGGAGCUUUGAUAGGCAUGUAUGGUAGAUCCAAGGGAACUCUACAUUUAGCUAUACUUCUUUUUGAGAGAGCCAAGACAAAAGAUGUGGUUACAUGGAGUUCCAUGAUGGCAUUAUCUAAUCGACAUGGAGAUUAUUUUGGCACUCUGCGGCUUUUCCAGGCAAUGCAACAUGAUGGAGUUCAAGCGAAUUCUGUCACAUUGUUGGCACUGAUUGGAUCAUGUAUUGGUCUGACUUCUACUUUGUUAGGCCGAGCUGUUCAUGGCUACACUUUGAAGUGUAACCUUUUCUCUGAGAUUUGUGUUGGGAAUUCUCUCAUAGACAUGUACGCCAAAUGUGGAUGCCCUGAAUGUUCAGUUUGCAUAUUCACUGAAAUGCAAGAAAAGGAUUUGGUUUCGUAUAGUUCGAUGAUCUUGAGCUAUGGGCUUCAAGGCCUUGGGUACGAUGCUUUGAAUCUUUUUACCGAGAUGUUACAUCUAGGAAUCCAACCUGAUGGAAUCACACUACUUGCAGUUUUAUCAGCUUGUAACCACUCAGGACUAGUCGACGAGGGAAUGCGAUUGUUUGAGAAUGCGAGAAGGGACCAUGGCACAUUGUUGAGUUUGGAGCACUAUGCUUGCUUGUUGGAUCUUUUGGGGAGGUCUGGAAGGCUUGAAGAUGCCUGUGAAGUCAUAAGCAGCAUGCCAAUGGAGCCCAGUCCGAGAAUCUUGAGCUCUUUGGUGUCAGCUUGUAGGAGUGCUUGUCGAUUUGAGGACGCGAAGAAGUUGGCACUUAGGCUUAUUGAUUUGGAACCAGAGAAUGCUGCAAAUCACACAUUGUUGUCGUCGGUAUGUGCAGAAGCUGGCGAUUGGUUUCGGGUAGAAGAGAUCAGGAGGCAGAUGUGGAUGACGAGAAUGAACAAGAUCUCUGGAAGCAGCAUAAUUCAAGCAUUAUGA